GAUUAACUUGUGUAAUGAUAUGGCAAUGUUUCCUUCCCAUGACUUGUUGAUGGUCCAGUAAGGACCGAAACAUCGUCGUGUCUUCAUGGUUAGUUGUGGGUUAGAUAUUUACUCUUCAGCCACGUUAUUGGGACUCAUCGUCUGUAAGAAACAUCACCGCUUGAGAAGCAGUGUCUAUUUGUCGCCCAUGUUGAACUUUUUCUAAAGCAGCCAUAUGUCUCUCUGAAGAUGAGGUCUCCAUGCAUGGAUGCACUAGUCCAAGUUUCGCAGAAUCUCAAAGAAAACUUGAAGCGCGGCACAGGACUCUAACCGAUUGAGGAGAGCGUCAAAACAACACCCAUCGCAGACCAGCCAGGCCGCCGUUCUCCUUUCUCCUAAUAUUAUACUAACCCCUCUCUCCAAGAGAAAAAGAUAUCCAUAAUUAGCUGAACUCGCAGCAAGGAAGGUUAAGGGUUCCGCUGAGUGUAUCUUUAGUACUUUCCAGGAACGCCGAAGCCGUCCUAAACUCUACGCAACCGAAGAAGGGGUACACACAGCAGGGGAGACACGUGUCUUAUAAGAUGUCAUCAUUUACAUCGGCAGGUCCUAGUACACCACUUCCGGCCAAGAAGAGGAAGUACACUGUCCUUAGUAUUGAAGAUAAAGUAGCUGUGCUUAGACGUAUUAGUGCUGGUGAAAAUGUUGCCCUUGUGGCUGCUGAGUACGGAAUCAGUUCUAGUGCAAUUUAUGACUUGAAAAAGCAAAAAGAUGCACUUUUGGAAUUCUAUACACAGACUAUCGACAAUAAACAGCGUAUGAAACAAAAAACACCAAAAGACUCCAAAUUUGCCAUGCUAGAGAAAUGUCUCUAUGAAUGGUAUAUGAAGAAGCAAAAUCAAGGCAUUCAUAUCAGUGGACGUAACCUCAUAACCAUGGCUAUGGAGUUCUACAGGGAAUUACGUCUUGAAGAGCCUUGUGAAUUCAGCACAGUUUGGCUUGCAGAUUUUAAAAAGAGGCAUGGAAUUGUCCAGUCAGUGGCAAGUGAUAAAAUGCAUGUAGAUGCUGGUGCUAAGGGUGUUAGCACUAGUAUGAUUGUAGAGUCAUCUUUGGUAACUCCAGCACUUGCUCAGGAUGAUUACAAGCCAAAGCUACUGCAGCUCCAACACAAUCAUCACUUUAGAAAGAUCAUGGAGGCACUUGCUUCUGAUGAAGCUUUUGUAGAUGUCACACUAACAGCAGAAGGUCGGACCAUCAGGGCUCACAAGUUAGUUGUAUCAGCUAUGAGUCCUUACUUCCAACAACUGUUGUGCAACAACCCGUGUCCUCAUCCAGUCAUCAUCAUGCCUCACCACGUCCAGUUUGAUCACCUCUCUCAUAUUGUCAACUACAUGUAUAAAGGUGAAAUAACAGUAGCUGAGGACCAAGUGAAGUCACUGCUGGAAACUGCUGAGCUACUUCAGGUUCAUGGCUUGGCUCUUUCUGACCCAGUGGCACUGAUCACUGACAAAUGCACUGAUACAGUGACCACCCAGAGUGCCUUCUUUUCUGAAAUGGCCAGCCAUUUAACUCACUCCACAGGAGGGAUAGACCCCCUUGACAACGCUUCCCAAGUCACUAUUCAACAAAACAGCUCACAGGAAGUUGUCAAGCUUCCUGCAUGCUCUUCUGUUGCCCUCAGCUCGCCCACUAGUCACUGUGAAAAUACCAACACUUACUACAGUGGAGAGAAAAUGCCCGACAAUAACCUAUGCUCGUCAGCAGUUGAAUGUCAAGCAGUGUGUGGCUCUGGCACCACAGCAUACACAAGAGUAAAUUACACGGCUGUGCGCACAAACAAACCAUCUUUAAGAGAGUCGUCCACAGGUGACAACACCCUGCAAGAUACCUUCUUCGAUGAUAUUGAUAUUGUAAAAGAGGAGGUAGACCUGUUGCACCGCAGACAGUGCUGUAUGCAAGAUUCCCACCACGCUUCUCCUUCGUUUGAAGUUUCAAGCCAGGAGCGGUUCACCUGACUCGGGAAUCAGUCUGUAGCUUAUUUGUGACCCCUCUACUGCCUCUAAGACAUCUACUAUGGGAUAUGUGCAUAGUGCAUAGUAUCUUUGCAUACUCUGGACAGAUCAGUUUAGCGUGUGCUGAGAAUAAUGAUGACAUACUCUAGCAGUGUACAAGAAUCUGUUCACCUUUCACUCCAUACAAGUUGUACACACACCUCGGUGAAAUAUAUUGUGCUUGAUCCAACCCACUUUACAUAGAGAAAGUAUUAUACAGUACAAAUAAAUUGUUAAUUUUCUUAAAGUGCAAACAGACCAAGUAGGUAGUGUUUAGAUUUUGUGAAUAACUAUGUUCAGAAGUAUUUAAAAGUAACAAGUUUCACUAUGAGAUGCAGUGAACAAUUUCUUCCACACUACUAAAGUGCCGUGAUAUAUUUUCCGAUUUGUAAUUAGGGUUAUUAGAGAUGCUGAAGUGCCACCUAACCCUCUUGGGCAAAUGGGCAAGUGACAUUGAUCCUACAAUGAUUUAAUGUCACUAGUGUAUUUUGCCCACUGGGAAAUUAGUUUUGAUAAGGAAGCAGAUUCCAAUUAUUUAUGGUUACAUAUCAACAGAUAAAAUGAGAAUUAAAAUGAUUGGAUAUGCUAUGCUUUGUUUUUUAUUUAAAGAAAAUGAGUAUUCAAUUGAUAGGUAAACUAUCAAUUUCCAUUUGUUGAGGACAGGAAACCUAAACUUAGGCUUAUCAAGGUUUCCCCUAGACCAAGUAUUGACCUUAACUAGGAAGGUCAAUAGUUGUAUACUACUGACCUUCCCUAGGAAGGUUGACUACUAGGUCGCACUAUUGACUAUUAUUGUCAAUAGUGCAAGCUACAAUAGUUUCCUAACCCCUGGGUAUCUAUUUUACUGUUGGAUGAACAUCAGGUGAAAGGAAAUAGGUCAACCAGUUUCUGUCGCACCUGGGGUUUGAACCUGGGUCCCUUGGGUGUGAGGUGAGGAUGUAUCUAGUGUAUUUUAUUUAAUAAUGUCAUUAAUUGUCUAGGCCAUUGAGUUGGAACAGGCACAGUGUGACUUGAAAAAGUAAAGUGAAUAGGAAGAUUUAAAUUAUUCAGUAAUGCCAUUUCUUUUCACUAACUUGUGUUGAGAGUAAUAAAGUGAAUUGCAGGACUUUACCAUUGCAGUACUGUACAUCAGUAUACUGUAUCUCAAAUGUUCAGUUUUAUUACAUUUCAUUUGUAUCUCCUAAAAUUAAAAUUUUAAAAUUUCCAUAUUUAUUGUGCAUGAUUUCUAGUCAUUUUAACAUGUUAUUCAGAUAAAAAAAAUUACCUGUGAAAAUUAUGCAUUAAUAAAUCCAUAAUAAUUC